GGGGCGGCCGUGCCCGCUGUCCCCGCCCCGCCGGCCGGCGCUUCCCCGCGGGUUGAGGUAUCGCCACCCCGCCGCCGCCGCCAUGAAGUGCCACUACGAGGUGCUGGGCGUGAGGCGCGACGCCGCCGAGGAGGAGCUGAAGCGGGCGUACCGCCGGCUGGCGCUGCGCUGGCACCCGGAUAAAAACCUCGAGAACGCGGAGGAGGCGGCGGAGCAGUUCAAGUUGAUCCAGGCGGCGUACGACGUGCUAAGCGACCCCCAGGAGAGGGCCUGGUAUGAUAAUCACAGGGAGGCUCUGCUGAAAGGAGGAGUUGAUGGAGAGUAUCAAGAUGAUAGUUUGGAUCUGCUGCGCUACUUCACUGUUAGCUGUUACUCUGGAUAUGGAGAUGAUGAAAAGGGAUUCUUCGCAGUCUAUCGACAGGUUUUUGAAAAGAUUGCAAAAGAAGAGAUGGAAUACAUGACCCAGGAAGAUCCUGAAGAAUUCCCUACGUUUGGAUAUUCCCAAAGUGACUAUGAUACGGUAGUUCACCCUUUCUAUGCAUAUUGGCAAAGUUUCUGUACUCAGAAAAACUUUGCUUGGAAGGAAGAAUAUGACACACGAAAAGCCUCAAACCGCUGGGAGAAACGAGCUAUGGAGAAAGAGAACAAGAAAACGAGAGAGAAAGCAAGGAAAGAGAGGAAUGAACUGAUCCGUCAGCUAGUGGCCUUUAUUCGUAAGAGGGAUAAAAGAGUACAGGCACACAGAAAACUUGUAGAAGAACAAAAUGCAGAAAAAGCUAGGAAAGCAGAGGAAUUUCGGAGGCAACAGAAGCUCAAACAAGCCAAGCUUGCUGAGCAGUAUAAAGAGCAGAGCUGGAUAACUAUGUCAGAUCUGGAGAGAGAGUUGCAAGAGAUGGAGGCACAAUAUGAAAAGGAAUUUGGAGAUGGAUCAGAUGGUGAAGAGGAAUUAGAAGAACAGGAGACAAAAGGCAUUGAAGACAAACUGAAUGAUGAAACUGGAGAAGCUGAAUUUGUUGAUGAUCUGUACUGCCCUGCUUGUGACAAAUUUUUAAAAAGUGAGAAAACCAUGAAGAAUCACGAAAAAUCAAAGAAGCAUCGAGAGAUGGUAGCACUGUUACGACAGCAACUGGAAGAGGAAGAAGGAAAAUUUCCUGUGUCUUUGGAUGAUGCAAACGAAGUAAAUACUAAAGAGGAGGAAGAAACAGAAGAUAUGCCCAAGCAGAAGUACUUUAAACUCUCAAAGAAGCAGAAGAAGAAACAGAAAACAAUGAAGAGUUACGAGGACUCUCUUGAUCAGAGUGCUGAUGAAGAAACAGUUGAACAAAAGGAAGUGCCCAGCAUGGACAAGGACAGUGGCUCAGCAGAGGAGUUGGUAAAAGAUGGCCAUGGAUGUGCUAUGUCAGAGGACACAAGCACUGCAGAUGAUGGCAACCAAGAGAAUGAAACAAAAAGUGAAGUAAAAAGCAGCACUAAGCCUAAAGGGAAGAAAGUCAAGGAUGCAAAAAAGUGUUCUAAGGCAUCUUCAGGGAACCCAGCAACGAAUGAAGUUUCCAUCAUCUGUGUAACCUGCAACUGUACAUUUCCAUCCCGAAAUAAAUUGUUUGAGCACCUAAAAGCCACAAACCAUGCAAGAGCAACAUCCACAUCAGUUGCAAAUGAAGCUGUAAACACCAGAAACAAAAAAGAGAAACGCAAAAACAGAUAGGACUUUGCUACACUGACAGUCUUCAGCAUUGUAAAUUAAAACUCUCCCAAAACUGAAACAUGCACAUUGCCUAUGUCUGGAGAUUAACAAAGAAAGCAGGUACCAAUCUGGGAAAAAAUGAAGAUGCAACAAAAGGAAUAGCAUCUUGUGAAAGAACCUGUGUUUUCUUUUGGCUUUAUCAGCCUUUUUUAAUUACAGAGUGUUUGGUGGCACGGCCGAGGCAGGGGCUCCUUCCAGUAGCCACCUGGUCUAAAGCCCCUUAACCUCGCAGCGCCUUUCACUCUGAGGAUGGGGAUAGUAACUCAAAGCUACUCACUUUGUAUUCCUAUAGGAACCUGCAUGGAUUAAGUACCAGCAGAUGGGAAAUAAUAAAUUAUUUUAACUCGUG